AUGAACCUGACGGAGUUUAACCAGUCUGAUCGCUGUGAGCAUUUCUCCUGUCCAGAGAGAUUUGGAUCUCCUGCAGUUUAUAUCUUACUGUACGUGUGUUCAGCUGCUGUGGUUCUUCUAACAGUGUGUGGAAAUCUUCUCGUCAUCAUCUCUGUUCUUCACUUCAAGCAGCUUCACACACCGACAAACCUGCUCGUGCUCUCUCUGGCGGUGUCGGAUUUCCUCGUUGGUGCUUUAGUAAUGCCGCCAAUGUUCAUUUGGAUGAUUGAGUCAUGCUGGAUUUUUGAUACGGGGUACUGCCUCUGUUUCAUGAUCACGUCUUUUAUUCUCGUAAACCUGUCCAUCUAUAAUAUCGCUCUGAUCGCUGUGGAUCGGUAUUCGGCUCUCUCAAACCCGUUUCUCUACACAAACACAAUCUCUAGAAGGACUAUGUGCAUUGUGAUUUAUUGUAACUGGUGUGUGUGUCUGGUGUAUAACACAUCACUCUAUUAUUUCAAUGGAAGCUUUGCGAGUUCUGUAAUGUGUCCUGGAGAAUGUCUGGUCAUUCUGAAUGAGUUUUUGUUUGCAAUUGACCUUGCAGUGUCGUUUAUAUUUCCACUCUCUGUCAUAAUCAUAUUGUAUACUCGAGUGUUUGUGAUUGCUAAGAAACAUGCCACUGCUAUCAGAGAGCUUAAUAAUCACACACGGCCUAAAACACAGAAAAUCACCUCACACUCGAUGAAAUCUGAGAGAAAAGCAGCUAAAGUCCUGGGCAUUUUAGUGUCUGUGUUUCUGAUGUGUUUACUUCCAUAUUUUAUUUACAGUGUAUUAGGUGAUGUUAUUGAAAUACAGACAGAAUCUUUUCAUAAAUUCGUGGUCUUGCUUUAUCUUAAUUCCACCAUUAAUCCUGUUAUUUAUGCUCUGUUUUACCCGUGGUUUAGGAGGUGCAUUAAAUUAACGUUAACACUGAAAAUAUUCCAGACAGACUCUUCAUUAAUAAAUGUUCUUUCAUAA